CGAGAGAGUCUCUCGGAAGGCUAGAUUAGCCACAAGUUGUGGUGAACCAGGGUAAAAUCGGUGUGCCUCUUGCUCUUCCCUUUACUUCUCGUUUAUUCAUUUUUUAUUCCUGCGAUUUCUUGAUCAAACGCUAUUAACCCCCCUCUAGCGUUGGUCUAUUAUUCUAACAAUUGGUAUCGGAGCCUAACUCGCGUGCAAACUUAACCGUUUGAGAGUAAAGCGAUCAUGGGUUCUUCUUUUAGAAAUCUUUAUGCAGGAAUUGGAGAAGGUCAAUCAACUUCUAGGCCACCACUCUUUGAUGGCACCAACUACUCAUAUUGGAAGGAACGCAUGAGAAUCUAUAUCCGUUCCACCAACUUCCAAUUGUGGUUGGUGAUCAAGAAUGGCGAGGAAAUCCCUGUGAAGAAAGUGGGAGAAACCAUGGUCCCAAAGACCGAGGACGAAUUUGAUGCCGAGGACAUCAAGAAGAUUGAGAAUUAUGCAAAGGCCAUCAAUAUGCUAUAUUGUGCGGUCAACCCUGAUGACUAUCGAAAGAUCUCCUGCUGCACAACCGACAAGGAGAUGUGGGAUAAACUUGAGGUGACGUACGAAGGAACGGACCAAGUACGUGAAGCCAAGAUCGACUUCCUCACCCAAGAGUAUGAGAUGUUUAGAAUGAAGGAGCACAAAAAUAUCGACGACAUGUUCGACCGAUUCUCCAAGAUAGUCAACGAUCUUCAUGCAUUGAAGAAGACUUACACCGACAGGGAUCAUGUGCGAAAGGUCCUACGGAGCUUGACAUCUGAAUGGCGAUCCAAGGCUGAUGCCAUCUAUGAGUCAAUCGGCACAUCAAAUAUCACCAUCGACGGUCUAAGAGGUAAUCUAAAAACUUAUGAAUCUACUAUUCUUAACCCGUCUUUGAAUGACCAAAAGAAAGGAAUAACAUUAAAAGUCGUCAAAGAAUCAACGAUGAAUGAUUCAAGCGACGAUGAUGAAGUCAAGCUUGCCAUGAAGAAGUUUUGCAAACUUCUAAGGAAGAAAGAAAAGGACAAGAGCAGGGCUGCCACCUCCGGGAAAUCAAAGUCUAAAUCCCGGGCGCCUACGACAUCCUCCAAGGAACGCCUCUACUACGGCGAUGGGUCGUACCUCUGGUUCGAUUCUGAGGAGGAGCGCACCCGCUUUCUCACCUUCUUCUCUAAACGGGUUGUGGCUCCCCCACGAAUCGUCCUGGAGCGCUUCCCGGAGUUGCAGGGCUACGACGAUCUAGACGUGCAGCUUCACCAAGCCGGCCUUUGGCCGUUCGUCUCCCGGGCUCGGAAGGAGAUCAACCCGGCGCUGAUUCGGCUUGGGCGCAUCGCCGGCCUCCCCUACCAAGGCGACGACGUCUCCCACUAUGGCGGAGAGGACUGGGUGCUCAACAACGAGGGCCUUAUCCUCAACGAGCUUGGCAUCACCGAGCUCAUCCGCCAUGCCUCGGGCCGCCCCACCAUCCACUCCGCAAACCCCGAGAGCCGGCUUCUUCUCUACAUCGUGUCCCGAAUUAUCAAGCCCCGGAAGCAUGGGCACACAAUCAUGUCUGGUGAGGACCUCAAGCUCCUCCAUGCGAUCAUGCACUCGGCACCAAUCAAUUGGGCAAAGUUUGUCAUGAUCAACAUGACAGUCGUCGCGUCCACCGACCACGAUCACCUCCUCCCGUACCAGUUCGUGGUGAUGGACAUCCUUGAACGGUUCAAGAAGCGGUCAGACAACGCCGGACCUGCCACUGCCACUGCCGCGCCAUGGCGCCGUUCUGCUGCUGGCCCAGCCGAACCCCAGGCCCGGGCCAACCCUGCCUCCAUCGCCGACUCCCUCAACCGGCUUCACUUCAAAGUUGACGGGAUGGAUGGCUACCUUGAGUGGCUCGACGAGGCUGUUCAACGCCAAGGGCACGCCAUGAACGCAUACUUCCAACGCGUCAACUACGUCCCCCCACCGUACCAAGGCACGUUCCUUGGGCAAGUGUACGAUGACGAGGACGAGGACAAAGAGGAUGACUCCUACGCCCCGACAAACUCCCCGGACAAGGACGAGUUUGAUGACGCCGUUGACGGUGAUGAGAUGGACGUCGACAACGACGAGGAGGAAACCGAAGACGAAUACUAGGCCACACCUAGAAUUUUUAUCUCUUCUUUCCUCACUUGUCUUGUUUUUUAUUAUUAUUACUUCCGUUGUACUCCGCCUUUUCCCUUUAAUAAAUAAAAUUAUCUUCUAUCUUUUUGUUAAUGUCAAAAGGAGGAAGAAAAGGGCUAUGCAUAU